AAUUUAUUUUUUUAUCUUACAGAUUUCUGGGACACAGCUGGACAAGAGAGGUUCCAGAGCAUGCAUGCCUCCUAUUACCACAAAGCUCACGCUUGUAUCAUGGUGUUUGAUGUGCAGCGGAAAGUCACCUACAAGAACCUGAACAACUGGUACAAGGAGCUGAGGGAAUUUCGCCCGGAGAUCCCCUGCAUUGUGGUGGCCAACAAAAUUGAUGCGGAUAUGAAGAUGACCCAGAAAAGCUUCAACUUUGCCCGGAAGUUCAGUUUGCCCUUUUACUUUGUGUCUGCUGCAGAUGGCACCAAUGUAGUGAAGCUCUUCAAUGAUGCUAUCAAGCUGGCAGUUACUUACAAACAGAAUUCGGGAGAUUUCAUGGAUGAGGUCAUGCAAGAACUGGAGAGCUUUGACCUGGAGAAGAGGAGUGAGAAUUUGUCGGAUCAAGAGGAGAGCUGCCCUGAAGAAAAGCCCCCAUCCUCCUAAGGACCGCACUUGGAGUCCAUCUUUUCUCUCUGCUCCAGUUGUCAGGGGCUGCUUAGAGUUCACCUCCGCAGAGGAAAGCGAUUUUUCUCGUGCCCUGAGAUCUCUGGUGAUGGGGAGACUGGGCUCGAUCUCCCUGGGCUGGGCCCUGACUCCCUGUGCAUCACAGCCGAGGCAGCAGUGGGAGUAUCUGUGUGCUUCUUCAAGACAAAGCUUGCUGGGAGAGCUGAGCCACUCCUGUACCUGCAGGGAGGGGUCCUGCCCAGAGACUUUAUGGUACCUACUGGAGAAAAUAGUUACUAAAGACUUUUUUUAAAAAAAGAAAAGGAAAAAGAAAAAG